AUGGAGGAAGUCGAAGAAUUUCAAAGGGGAAAGCUGGGGUGCUUUUACAAAAAACUUCUACCACCUGGCACAACUGCAACUAGGCUGUAUCUGCCAAUGCUGGGACAAGUGCUACCUGAUACGCAGCCAACAACGGGUGGGAAAAAGAGAACAUUCUCUGAAAUCAUUCAGAGCGACAUCACUGAGACAAGCAGUCAUCACAUAGUGGCAAUGGUUGCUCGGUCGGGCUCGGGGAAGACUGCAACGGUGAUUCAUCUGGCAAAGAAGCACUUUGUUAUCUACGUCGUUUGCGAGGCCGUAAACACCUACUACUACAGUCCCGACUUCAGUGACAGAAACUUUCGCAUCCUUGCACGUGACAUUGAAAAUAUGUGUUCCAGACUUCCAAAACCAGUUCAAGUUGAUGAGAAUAGGCAGAAAUACAUGGAUGACCUAAGAAGUUAUGACAAUCAGCUAAAGAACCUUGCAAGUGAAUGCGUCCAGCUGGAAUUCUUGGCACGUCAGCUGUUCCUGGAGCUGCUUUUCAGAAAAAAUCCUCAAGUCACACCAGAGGCAUUCUUUCGUGAGCAGCUCAAUGGCUCUGCAACGAUUGGAAAUCUGGUAGAGGAGUUACGCAUGCCUUGUGAUUGCACUGACGAGGCACAUAUAGCGGAGACUGAUUGUUUGCAUGAUAGAUUGAUCUCACCAAGCGCAAUAACUAACAAUGAAAACUUCCUCGACCGCAAUGGCACGAUACGUCUGGAUCUUCGCCAUGGGUUUCUCACCCCUCUAUGUUCAGCACUAGGUGACAUGCAUGCAACACUGGUGGUGCUUGGAACAAGGUUGACACUCAUGGAUGCUAGUCAUGUGUAUUCAGCAAUUGCCAAGCCAAAUGUCCGGUUUGAGAAGAUUACAUCCUUCCCUUCAUGUGAUGAAUCUCAUGUGGAGGAGUUGUUGGGCCAAAUAAUUGAUAUAUCAGAUUGUGAAAUCCAACCUGAAAAGAAACGACGGCUCAGUGGACGGUUCCGAUUUGCAACUAGUGUUGCUGUCCAGAUCUGCAAUGGAAAAUGCUCUGAUACAAUCACGAUCAAGCAUCUACUCAGCUGGAUGGUUAUAGCAUACAAGCUGAAGGGUGGCAAGAUAGCUUUUACACAGCAGGAUGAAUUUGACUUUGUGAACAGUGGUGUGUGUGCUCUGCGAGAGGACUCUGAUGGUUAUCACUGGGUUGUAGAAGAGCCACUAGUGAUUGAAGUGCUUGAGGAGGAGCUGAGAGCUUCAGAAUUUGACCCAGAAGUCCUUGCAUAUCUUGACCAAUUCAAUGCAAUGCUCACCAAUCUGGGGACAAACUCAGCAGCAAAAGGGGAGGCAUUUGAACUGCUGGAUAUCAAGGAUCUUCCAGAAUGGUGCAAAACUACAACAUUGAAUGUGAGAAAAUUUGGUACAGCAAAAGAACUCGGAUAUGAUGAUGACAGUACAUGGGGUGAUGUCAAGUUUUUUGAGAAAACUCCUGGGGGAGAGUUACUGAUCCCAAACAACCUCACACGGCCAGAUGGGGCAUUGCUAUUGGAAGGUAAAGAACAUGGUCUAUCCCUCGCAAUUAAGCUCUAUUCACAACCUGUGAGUAAUAGUAAGCAUGAAUUGAAUGAGGGUUCCAGUAACCUACGAAACUGCUUCAUGACAUCUGAAAACAAAGUAAACUCACACAUAAAAGACCAACGACGACGAUUCACAAAGACUGCCUUCCAUAAACUCAAGGGGAUUUUGCACAUUCACCUAGAAUUUCCAAGAGUUUCUGGUGGGACACCACAAAGUUAUGUGAAUGGCCAAGAUAUCCUUGUUUACAUUGAUGGUGCAAAUAUGGAUACAUUCUUUGAUGAGAGUAUUGAAGAAUAUUCUCAGGAUAUGGAUAUCCUGAAGAAAAUGUUGAAGCACAUUUGGGAACAAAAUGACAAUAAUAUG